AUGUCUGAUAUCGCUAUUUUAACGAACGCUAUGAGUGAUGCAAAUAAUAGCUCGAAUACCCCUACUCCAAAUUUAUCAUCUCCAACACGGGUUGUUGCGAAUGGUACUAUCCCUGUGAGGGACGUCAAUAUGGAAGAGGGCAUUCAAAGAACUUCGAAUGAACAAGGAUUCCAUACCCAAUUACAGAAUGAUAUUAAUAAUAACAUGAAUUCAGGAAGCAAUACUAAUAAUACAACUACAGUCAAGAAAAGAACUAAAGCUUCACGUGCAUGCGACCAAUGUCGUAAGAAAAAAAUCAAGUGUGAUUUCACUGAAGCUAAGAAUAUUUGUUCAAACUGUCAAAGAAAUGCUGAGAAAUGUACAUUCGAGAGAGUCCCAUUGAAAAGAGGACCAUCAAAGGGCUAUACUAGAAGUCAUAGCCAUGCAGAUAGAUCUUCAACUAUCACUCCUUUACAGGAGCGAGAAAUUGUUGAGAACACAUCGCAACAGGUCAACAUAGACGGUAUAAGACAAUAUACCAAAGAAACAAGAAAUUCAACAGGAUCUAUUCUUCCUACAACACCGUCAAGGUCAGGUUCAGUUCUUUUACCGCCAUUGACACAAUAUAUGCCUCAGGCAGGCUCCAAAACAAAUAGUAUUAUCUCUCUUAAUAAUACAACUACAAUUCAUCCAACUACAAGCGUGCCUAACACUGCCAGUUUAAUGACCUUAGGAUUGGGUCAACAACAAUUCUGGAAGGUUCCAUACCAUGAAUUUCAAGGUCAGCGAAGAGGAUCGAUAGAUUCUUUACCUAGCGAUAUAUCAGUGCGUACACUUAAUACACAGGAACAGUUACUUUAUAACCCUGUACAAAAAUCACCGAAUCCAAACGGGGCAAGUCUAGCGGCAUUGAAUCAAACUAACACAGGAAGUACACCGGGAAGUAAUUACUGGUCGUAUUUCAAGAACCCUACAAAUUCAACAACAACGUCUGAUGAAAUUGGUGGUCAACUUAGAAGAUCAAGUUCUAUACCUUCAUUGCUGAGAAAUCCAACAAGCACUCUAAUCUUGGGUCAACCUCAAUUGCCACCACCAACUUCAAUGCAAUCUCAACCUCCUGCUUCUCGACAACAACAACAGCAGUCCUUAUAUCCAUAUUCCCAGUUUUCUAAACAACCUCAAGGUAUGAAUCAAAAUACAUCAAUUUCAACGUUCGGGCAAUACGCUACAGACGGAUUUCAAUCAAGACAAGGGUCAAUUGCAAGUGAAGCAAUGUCUCCAAGCACAGCACCAUUAAACCAAACAACAUCUAGUUCACGUGUUCAUUCCUUAUCCAAACAAACACCGUUGAAUGACGUAAAGGCAACUUCUCCAAGAAGGCAUAGCUCCCUGGAAGGAUCGACUACUGACCUUUCAGGUACAGAAGAACACUUAAGAGCAACGAGUGAUGAAAGCUAUACAGCUCAAUUGCAUAGACGAGGCUCAAAAGAUAUUACCCCCAAGAUUAGGCAACUUGAAGAGGAUAGUGCAACCGCGUCUCCUAAUAAACCCGCAAAGCAUCGGAAAAGAAAUUCUGCCUCCAAAAAGGGUCAUUCUGCAACAAGUAAGCAAUCACCAGACCCAAGUUCAAGAGGUAUAGCUCAUAAUUCUAUCUCAUCGCUCGAUUCUUUGGUGGUAACAACUCCUUCGUCGAAUACGCCAGCACGGCCAACAACUAUCAUAUAUGGACAAAUCUCGGAUGUUCAUAUAAUUGAUACGUAUUAUGAAUUUAUCCAUUCUGGGUUCCCCAUCAUUCCAUUAAAUAAAAAAACCUUAACUAAUGAUAUAUUAUUGAUUAAUACCCAACCUAUUUCAGAUAUACAUGAAGUUAAUAACUAUGUCAUUUUAUGGUUCAGAAAUUCUUUGGAAUUACUAGUUCGAAUAGCCUUGAAAAGAAGAAAAGGUGGACAUUUCUUUGAUAGUUUUAUGAAUGAUUUUCCUUGUCCCAAUAACAAUGAAGAACAAAAUAAGACUCCUGAACAGGGCACAAAUCUUCAACAACAAAAGCAACAAAAACAACAACAGCGACAACAAAAUGAAUCUUUAAAAGACGAUAACAAUUUCAUGGUACAAGCAGUUUUCAUUUCUGCAUUGAAUGAAUGUUUCCAAAAGAUCGUUGAUAUCCAUCCCAAAUUCAGAGAAAAUAAAGAUCAAAUAUCGCCCAAAAUUAAGAUUAUUUAUUUAUCAACCUUCAUUCUACUAAAUUAUAUUCUUGCAUUUGUUGGAUAUGACAAUUCGUUCGUGUUAGGGAUGUCUGUGACAAUCUUUAACGAAUUUAAACUAUACAAACUAUUGUUAUUUGAUGACGAUAUUUAUUCCAAUAUAACGUCUAAGGACGAUUCCGAGGACAAUAUAAACGGAAAUGUUGAAAGUGAGGGACAUAACAAUACAUUAGAAUACAACAUUAUUUUCAAGAGACUGUAUAUCCUUCUCGUUAUUUUUGAUUCUUUGCAAAGUUGUACUUUUGGAGGCCCCAAAUUAUUAAAUAUCCCAAUUCAAAAUACUACAGAUCUAUUCUUCAGUGGCGACUGUGACUCGAAAUGGAGUCUUGAAGAAAAUCCGUUUAAGUUACAAACUAUCUUACAUAGUUUAAAAUUAGGUGAAUUAUUGACAGAUCUCUCCAUGAAUAGGAAAUCAUUUAAUAGCUUUAACUCUAAAGAUAAUAAUAAUCAAAUUUGGUUACCGAAAUGUGAUACCUGUUCUUCCGAAGGAUUAAUGAAGGAGAAAAGAGGGAAGAGUCCUCAGUUGCAGAAAACUUUAGACAUUUUCCAAUCUCAACAUCCAGUAGAGUCAUUGAAGAUACCCGCAUUAUUCAGUAAACUCCUUAUUCGGAAACAGUAUUUUACGAGCUAUUUACUGCUGCUGAGCGAUAAGAUUGAAGAGCAUAACAAUACUACGAAAGAUGUUCCAUUUAAUAUGAGUAUUGAAUUAAGUUCCCAAUUAACAGAAUCAUUAUGUUCUUUGAUCUCAACUAUACUUCAAAUUCUAACAACCAAUAUGCGAUUGAAUCCAACUAAUAGCAUUGACAAUAAUUAUAGACCAAUAAUACCCCCGAUGGGUUCUGAUUCUGGUCAAUCAUCCGCGAGGACACCAUCUACACCACAGCCAUCUGCCAUGUGUUCGAAUGACAAUGAAUUUUAUAAGAAAUUACUUGGUUUAAAAAAGGACAACGAGACUUUUUUAUCAGAUUUAUCAAGAGGUACGAUAACUCCCUUCGCCAUAGGACUAUUGCAUGAGAUUCAUAAUAUAACAGCACUUGUGAAACAAAUGCCCACUUAUUUAAUUGGGAUAGUAAUGAGAAGUACUACCAUGCAAGAUAGUAAUGUGCCAGGGGAUUUAAUGAAACCACAGGAUUUAGUGGUGAAAUUAUCUAAUUCGAUGAAUGAAGUUGUCCAGAUCACCAGUUUAUUAAACAUAAUCAAACCAUUUAAAAUAUUUGAGCAUGAACUGAAUAAGAACGGUAAUUUGGGUUUUAAUAUUGAAAUAGAAGGUGAAUCUCGUACUGAAAAAUUAUUUGGUAAGGAAGUCAAGAAUGAAAAUAAUGAUCCGGUCUUGAUGAAGUUUAUCAAUAUCGGUUGGAAACUAUUGGAUGAUACCGAGCUUGGCUGGUAUUAA